CAAUCCCAAUCUCAAUAUCAAUCCCGAUUCUAACUCCAAUGUCCACCAAACCCCUCGCGAUCAUAGCCGGUGCCGGUACCGGAACUGGCUUGUCCAUUGCCCGCCGCUUCGCCCGAGCCUACAACGUCAUAAUCCUCUCCAGAUCACCCGCUUCGAUUGAUCCGGUAGUCUCAGCUGUAGAAGCUAGCGGUGGGACAGCAUUCGGUAUCCCAACGGACGUAUCUUCAGAGGCAAGCAUAACAACAGCAUUCAACGCUAUCAGGGUGCUCUACCCAGGAUCUCCAACGGCCGCCGCGGUGUUUAACGUAGGGUCUUGGAACCGAGCACCGUUCCUCGAGACAGCACUGGAAGAUUGGGAGAGGGUCUUGGGAAUUCAAGGUCGAGGAGCAUUCUUGUUUUCAAAGCUCACCAUCCCACUUCUUCUCGCUUCAAAGCAUCUGGAGUAUCCACCUACGCUCAUAUUCACCGGAGCUACGGCUUCGGUGAAGGCUUCGGCUAAUUUCUCCGCUUUUGCUGCGGGGAAGUGGGCCACCAGAGCACUUAGUCAGGGUCUUGCAAAGGAGUUCGGCGCUCAAGGCGUGCAUGUUUCUCAUGCUGUCAUUGACGGAAUUAUUGAUGUUCCGGGGACGAAGGAGUGGAAUCUUGAUGCAGAGGAUGCGAAGAUUAGUCCUGAUGCUAUUGCGGAUACGUACUGGCAUCUCCACACACAACCCAGGACGGCGUUCACCUGGGAGUUGGAUAUCAGGCCUUAUGUCGAGAAGUGGUAAUAGGCAAUAGCUAUCUAUUUUCCAUAGGAAGGAGGCUAUAAAUAUAUGCAGGACUCGCUCG